ACGAAGUAAGAGGGAGUGAAAGUGAAGUAGUUCGUCUGAAAGUGAAAGUAUUUAUGUAACCGUAGCGUGUAAUGAACUUAUGGUCAUGGGGACACGGAGUUCCAAAAAAAUACGGAACUGAUACGAUUUUUGAAGCAAAUUCGUGUAUUAUCGAUCUAGUCGGCAAAGAGUCUUUCGAAAUUGUCAGCUGUCAUGAGUAGUCCAUAAAGUUAAUUCUGUGUAUGAAGUGUUUUGAAAGAUUUGACAUACACAGAAAAUAAAUGGAUAAUAAUCAGGUAACACCUGAUGACAGUAAACAGGGUCAUGAGAUACUGCAAGCGCUGUAUGACUUCCGCGCAACAUUUGCUAAGACAUUAAGUUUUCGCGAAGGAGACUUAUUUGUUUUACACCACGGCCACACAAAGCAACGAAACUGGUGGCAGGUUGUCAAUGAGAAAGGACAAGUUGGUUAUGUCCCAUCUAAUUACGUUGCCACCAUUCAGGUGGGGCUAGAGCGAUGGCAUCAGUUUGUGGAGAACUGCUUGGCUGUGCUGAAACAGGAGCAGGCUCAGAGUGGUGGGUCACUGCCUCAUGAUCGGCAAGAGCUGUUGAAGCUGCUGACUGGCUCAGACAGUGCCUUACAACAUAAUGGGUCAACCGAUGGUCGCAUUGCUGUAAGUGACAGUUUACAGAUUCAGGAGGGUGAUGGUCAAUCUGUAUCUCCUGUACAUGAACAUGAACGUGUCAAACAAUCUGCCAGACGUACUACAUCAAGCCCAGUUUUGAAUGAAAAACAUGGUUCCUUGGUAGAAGUUGAUCCAAAGAUUGCUUAUCAACUUGUUGAGCAGGUGCGAGUGCAGACACAGCUAUCAUAUGAUCUGUCACGAGUGGCAGUAACGACGGUGGUUAGUGGUCUGUGCCCUUUAGUGGAAGCAACUUGCCGACCAAAGCUGCGUUCUCUGCUAGCAGCAGUGCAGGGGCCACUGUCGGCACCUCGGACCUUACUUGCAGAAACCCAUGAUGCUUAUCGCCUUCGUGUCAUCUUCUCUGAGCUUACUUCAUGCAAGAAUGACUCUCAGCAGCGCAGCUGGUCACUGCAUGAAGAUGAAGCUGUCAUCUGUGAUUAUCUUGAUGAGCUCAUCAACAUAUUGAAAAAUGCAGAUGUUGCAGUGUCACAGCUCAUGCUCUCUGCUGACCGCUAUCAGAGUGUAUUGACUUUGGUAGAGUUCUGCCAAAUGGAAGUGCGUUGGUCGAUCAGACAACGGCUGCUGCGUGCCUUUGGUCUUGUCUGUGGACUGGAUGCAGGGGCUCUCUCACUCAUACUUAACUCUGUUCUGCCUUCUGAAUUGGCCAGGUACAUGAAGAGCAGUUCUUACAAUGUUCCCUGCCUGACACUCUGUGCUGUACUCCUGUCUAUGCUUUUCUCCAUGGGUGAAGCCAUGCCUGUUACACAUCUUGAACACUUGGGUCAGGAAUUUGUGCUGUUUCUGUCAAAUAUUGUGGAGAACCCUCCAGAAACAGAUGUUGAGGAAAAACUACCUGACUUGAUGGUGAAUGUUCUGUUGUCUUACAAUCUCCAGUUCUCCAGCUCAAAUGAAAACAUUCUGCUAAAGGCACUUUCAGAGCUUCCUGUUGCAAAGACUUUUACAGAGAAGAUUCUCUUUCUACUUAAUAGGGAAGAGGACCCUGUACGCGUAUUUGAACAUCAGCCAGCUCCUCCACACUCAGUACUUAAGUUGUUUAAAGAUCUUUUCAGUUUGGAAGUGACAGCAGCACUUUUUUACACAAAUGAUGUUAAAGUUCUGAUUGAUAUAAUUGUACGGCAGUUGGCAGAUCUUUCACCUGGUGAAAAGCGUCGCCACCAAUAUUUGCAACUAUGUAGACUUGUGAUGCGGAAUACAGCGUAUGAACAACACCACCACCGACUGGAUGACAUUCGUAAAUGCUUUACUCGCAUCUUUUGUGAAGAGUCAGAUCUGAGCUGUGAUGACCAACAACUUGUGAGAGACAUCUCCAAUGAAUUUCCCCAGUAUUUUAAGGUGUAAUGUAUACUCUUUUUAAACAAACAUCAUUUCUGCAAGUUGUGCCAAAUAUGCAUAAUUAAUUGCUGGUAUUUACAUUUUUCACAAUGAAAGUAGCUAGUUAUACAUCAGCUGUGACAGGGGCAGCUCAUUAGGAUGGGCUUUGGCACAUUUUAAAAUAUUUGAUUCUGUCCAUGUCUUCCAUUACAAUCUAAAAAUAGUAUGCAUUAUUCUAUUUCAAUUCAGAAGAAGACUAUUGCAGUAUCCUUAAUUGCACAGUUUAGUGUGUAAUUAUAGAAAGACUAUUUGAAACUAUAGAUCUAAAUAUUUUUUGUGUGCCUUCAGUCUGAUAUUUGUGAUUCCAAAUCACAUAUAUUGGUAAAAAGUAUUUUAUAGAUACUUAAAUCUAUGUCGCUGCCAGGUAGUCAUAUUAUUGUCUGUGAUCCAAUAUCUUUGAGGUACAAAUGAAGGUCUUAGUAACAUUUUCAGCACUAGAUAGCAAUCAAUCUGUUUUUAAUAAUUAAUUCUUUUGUCCUUGAUAUGCAAGCUAUUUAUAAAAACCUAAAUUUUGUCCUUUAUUGUAUUUGAAACUGUGAAUGAAUAUGCAAACAUUGUGAACUUAUAAGAAUGAAUAUCUAAAUGUUAUGUUUUAAUUGCUGAUUUCGAGGAAUUGUUUCAUUGGGUAGAUACCUUUGUGAUGCUCAUUAUUUUCCUGCUUGAUACCAAAAUGGUGCUGAAGAAUGUCUGUCCCACAUGGCUGUGGAAAAUUUCCAUAAAAUAACUGCAUUUGAAUAGGUCCUAGAUGUUUAAGUGUACUUCAUGGCAACACAUUUUUUGAACAAUUAUUUGACUUUUACAUAAUAGAUAAGUAGAAGAUGGUUUUUUCAUAUAUAUAAAGUAAAUUUGAGCCCAAAGAAUUUAAAUCAGACACACACCUGCAGAAUGCUAUGUAUGAAAUUUUUUAGAACUUUUAUGAGGAAUUUAUUUAUUUAAUUUCUAGUCUUUGUAACAAAGUUAAUGAAUAAAUAAUUGUUUUGAAAA